UGCAAACAAGAGUGCAACUCUCCUGUGUCUCGGCCUGCACAGCUCAACCAUGUCCGGGGCAUCCUCCAGGAGCCUGGGGAAAGGAAGCUCGCCUCCGGGUCCGGUUCCAGAGGGCCUGAUCCGCGUCUACAGCAUGAGGUUCUGCCCCUUCGCUCAGAGGGCACUGAUGGUCCUGAAGGCCAAGGGAAUCCGACAUGAAAUCGUCAAUAUCAACCUGAAAAACAAGCCCGAGUGGUUCCUCAAGAAGAAUCCCACUGGGCUGGUACCAGUUCUGGAGGACAGUAAGGGUCGCUUGAUCUCCGAAUCUGUCAUCAUUUGUGAGUACCUGGAUGAGGCCUACCCUGACAAGAAGCUGUUCCCAGAUGACCCUUAUGAGAAAGCUCGGCAGAAGAUGACCUUAGAGUCAUUCUCCAAGGUGCCCCCUUUGGUUACAAGGUUUAUUAGGGGGAACAAGGAAGACCGCUCUGCCCUAAAGGAAGAAUUGAGGAAAGAAUUCUACAAGCUGGAGGAGGCUUUGACUGAUUGUCAGAGCGAAUUCCGUAUUGGGGAUGCUGUCUCUAUGACUGAUUAUCUUAUGUGGCCUUGGUUUCAACGACUGGAAGCCCUGGAACUCAAUGAGUGUGUGGCCCACACUCCAAAACUGAAGGGCUGGAUGGCUGCCAUGCAGAAAGACCCCACAGUAUCAUCGCACUUAAUUGAUGCCAAGACCUAUCGUGGUUUCGUAAAUCUCUACCUACAGGACAACCCUGAGGCCUGUGACUAUGGGCUCUGAAGGGCAAGAUUCCUCAGAAUUCAUGGCCAUCAUGGGUAUACCUACACAAUAAAGACAGACAAUGCUACAGCAUAUGUCUCUAAGAAAAUGAAA